ACGACAACGACACCUUCAUUGACCGUCCCAUGACGCUCUCCUGGCAACUCGCGCUGCUCGAUCCAAUUUCGCAUUCUUGCUCGCUCUGACGGUCGUUCCUAUCCCCGUCUGCGUCCGCCAUGUGGCGAGACCGCACUAACCUAUACAUCUCCUACCGGCAGUCUUACGCGCACCAUCCCACCCCGCGGAGACCAUAUGGACCCGGCGCUUCUGCCGGCAGCGCCCUUGCCGACUCCUACACUCCCAGUUAUGCGAACGACGACCGUCGCGGCCUUCUAUCGGCCGGCGCAUUCGAAGACGAUGGCGACGCCGUGAUUGAGAUGGACCUGCUUCCCCCUCGCUGGGCCGAUGUUUCCGAUGAGAUCACAGACUUGCUCGCCAACAUCGCUACCAAGGGCCAAAGCCUCGAGAAGCUACAUCAGAAGCAUGUGCUACCCGGCUUCAACGAUGAGGACGCCAAGAGGGCGGAGGAGGCUCAGAUAGAGAGGCUCACGCAGGAUAUCACCAAAGGUUUCCAUGAUUGCCAUCGCUGCAUCCAACGAAUUGAGCAGAUGGUGCGUGAGUCUCAACACUCCAAUACCAUUACAAGGGCCGAGGAAACGAUGGCCAAGAAUAUCCAAAUCUCGCUCGCCUCAAGAGUUCAAGAAGCAAGUGCCAACUUCAGAAAGAAGCAAAGCGCAUAUUUAAAGAAGCUUCGCGGCAUGGGUGGCCUCGGUGCUCUCAGCCCUGUCGGCGAAAGAUCCAGCACUCCCCAACCGGGUUCAUAUUUCGAUCCAUCACUCCAAGAAUCCGAUGCCGACCGCUCAUUCUCGCAAACUACUCUUCAACAAGCUACUCAACAACGGGUGCUACACUCUAAUGAUGCCGCCAUCGCCCAGCGUGAGCGAGAGAUCGAGGACAUCGCUCAGGGUAUCAUUGAGCUCUCGGACCUGUUCCGUGAUCUCCAGACCAUGGUCAUCGACCAGGGCACAAUGCUCGACCGCAUCGACUACAACGUCGAGCGUAUGAACACCGAUGUCAAGGCUGCCGAGACAGAACUCAAGGUCGCGUCGGGCUACCAACGGAGGACGACCAAGCGAAAGAUCAUCCUUCUCCUAAUUCUUAUCAUCUUUGGCAUGUUCAUUCUGCUGCUGAUCAAGCCCAAGAAGCACGGCUAGAAGGCGUCUGGUGAUUGACAAUGUCAGGAUACCCGCUGCCAUCCGACGCUCUACGGUCAUAUAGCGAUCCGGGGUGCUCAAGGAGGCAGCUUUUACUACACGGAUGUACCACUACAAUGUAAAGCAGGUCAUGAGGGUCAUGUCGCCGAUGUACUUGGAGUCACGGUUUUUUGUCUAAUAAUAUUACACUGGCUAGAUUUAGCUCUCA